AACAUACAGGACACCAAGUGGACGACGGGGUCGUUUAAAGAGCCGUUCCCGACUCCGAAGUUGCUUCCACCGCCUGCUCGGCGUCGACACCCGCUUCCGACGCUUGUCGUCGUCGUUUAUCGCCUCCCGGCAGGUUCUUGUGUGUGCUCGGUGCAAGCUGUUAUCUGAGCUCGCAGCUCUGAGAAGGGAACUACCCUCGGUUCAGACAAGACAGGAGACGUCAUCAACGUUUCCCUCUAUGUAAAUGGUUUGUGAAUGAGGAGGUCAUUGCCGUGGAGUGAAAGCAAAACACGCACUCGAACCUGUGAAACUGUGAAAAAGCCAGACGUCAAGUGAAGAUUCACCUGCUGUCCUAAAUGGGGGACUACGGGUUUGGAGUGAUGGUGAAGAACAGCAGUGGUAACAAAUCUGCUUUCCCAGUGAGGAUCCCGCCUCACCUUCAACCCCAGCACCCUCACAACCCCUCGGAACCCCCCAGCCCCCCGGCCUUCGUCAACAACACCUGCUCCACCAAUGGAGGCAGCGCUUGGCUGUUUCCAGCUGUAGCGCCGCACAGUAACAUGCAAGAUGAGAUUCUGGAGUCGGACAAGUCCAAGGCCUUGGACCUCCAAGAUAUGCAGGAGAACACUCAGGUCCAGCCCCAACCUCAGGCCCUCUCUCCCAGCCAGGCAGAGGCCAACACCAACCUCGGGGAGCUUGAAGGCGGCCUCUCCGAGGACAGUUUAAUUGAAAAGGGGUCGUUGGACAGCAGUGGUGGGAAGGAGAAGCUGAGGAUGGAUUCCCCAGUUCUCGGUGGGUUUGACUACCAGGACAGCUUGGGGAUGGGGACGAGCGGCGCACAAUCCACCUCCACGUCGUCUGCGCUGACAAGCUUCAACAACUGGUCUCCUGCUGUUCCCUCGACCCAGUCUCCAGUCAUGGGGGAGGAGGUCGGCGGUUUCUUUGGCCCUGCUGGCUCCAAUGGCAACGGACCACCUUUACUGUUCCAGAACUUCUCCCAUCAUGCCGGACCCGGCUUUGGAGGGGGUGGAAAUUUCUCCCCCCAGAUUGGGCCACUUUCUCAGCAUCACCCCCCUACUCCCCACCCACAGCACUACCACCCACACGGUCAGGGGGUCCCACAGCAGCACCGGCGCUCUCCUGCUAGCCCUCAUCCACCUCAGCCCUCAUUCCCACCGCAUGGUCACCGCGCAGGAACCUUCCCGCAAAUGUCCCACCUUGCUGCUGCUCAGAGCAAACAACCUUCCCCUUGGGGGAGCUACCAGAGUCCCUCAACGCCCACAUCCACUUCCUGGAGUCCUGGAGGUUAUGGUAGCUGGGGUGGAACUCAUGGUGUCAGAAGGGGGGUUGGUGGAGGAAUACCAGGCCUGAACUCAAGCUCCCCUUUUAAGAAGUCCUUCACCAACAACCAGGUACCCUCCCAAAAAUUUCCCAGAAAUGGCACUGGUUUUAAUCACAAGGGCUGGAUAGAAGACAGUGUGAGUCGCAGUGAUAAUGUCUACCCAUUCCAGCAGGAGAGAACACGCUCCUUUGAUGGUUUCAGUAUGCACUCUCUGGAGAACUCCCUGAUUGACAUUAUGAGAGCUGAGCAGGAUUCUUUGAAAGGACGCUACAGCUUCUCUCACCAGGGCGGAGAUGGGCCCAUGAAUGCAAGAAGUUAUGGCAGAAGACGAGGUCAUUCCUCUCUGUUCCCCAUGGAGGAUGAGCGUUCUUUUUGUGACGAUGAGUCAGGUGACCAGGGGCUCAGCGGUCUUGGAUCAGCACACUGUUUUCCACACCUCAAUGGUGAACGUGUUGAGCGUUAUUCACGCAAAGUGUUUGUCGGAGGAUUGCCUCCGGACAUAGAUGAAGAUGAAAUCACUGCCAGUUUCCGACGUUUUGGUCACCUGUUUGUUGACUGGCCCCACAAGGCGGAGAGCAAGUCCUACUUUCCCCCGAAAGGUUAUGCAUUCCUGUUGUUCCAAGAUGAGAGCUCUGUCCAGGCCCUGAUCGAUGCUUGCAUUCAGGAAGAUGGCAAGCUGUAUCUGUGUGUCUCCAGCCCCACCAUCAAAGACAAACCGGUUCAAAUUCGACCCUGGAACCUGAACGACAGUGACUUUGUCAUGGAUGGCUCUCAGCCUCUCGAUCCCAGGAAGACCAUCUUCGUCGGAGGUGUCCCUCGCCCCCUUCGUGCAGUGGAGCUUGCUAUGAUCAUGGACCGUCUGUAUGGGGGAGUGUGCUACGCUGGCAUUGAUACAGACCCUGAGCUCAAGUAUCCAAAGGGAGCAGGGCGUGUGGCCUUUUCCAAUCAGCAGAGCUACAUUGCAGCCAUCAGUGCCAGAUUUGUUCAACUGCAGCACGGGGAGAUUGAUAAACGGGUGGAAGUGAAGCCAUAUGUUCUGGAUGACCAGCUGUGUGAUGAGUGCCAGGGCACUCGCUGCGGCGAGAAGUUUGCUCCUUUCUUCUGCGCCAACGUGACUUGUCUGCAGUACUACUGCGAGUACUGCUGGGCAGCCAUCCACUCCCGUGCUGGCCGUGAGUUCCAUAAGCCCCUGGUGAAGGAAGGUGGGGACCGACCGCGGCACAUUUCCUUCCGCUGGAACUGAGGCGAAGGUGUUAGGGAGAGCAGCAUCUGGGAGGAGUUUUAAAAAGAGGGUUAGUCAGGAAAUGGGUUUGGGCUAAGAAAUAGAAAAAUGCACUUUUAAGUUAAAAUAUAUUUAUUUUUAAUUGGCCCUUAAAAGGACGUAAAUAUGUGAUGAGAGAUCCAUUUUGUUUUGACUUUGCGUGUGCAUGAGCAUAUGAAUGCAUUAGGUUUAGUUUUCAGACUAGUUUUUUGGUGUUGGCUAACAAAGCUGCUUCCAUAAGUUGUGAAGAAUAACCUGCAGUUUAAUUGAGAUUCAUCCGACCCAGAUCAGUGGACUAACAGUGCAAGAAAGGUGCAUUCAAUUUCAGUUUAUUCACGAGCAGGAAUAGAGAGCAACUCUACCAUUUACCAAAGGCGACGUGCAAAUGGUUGGUCUUACGAUGAAGCAAACCUUUUUGUCGUUUCAUUUCUGUUGUCUUCUUUUGUGUUUUGAAACUGCCCUCGUCAUAAAAUGCCCCUCGCCUCCCUUCAGCGUGGAAACCUUUGACUCGACUGUCCAGACCUUGGUUUAAAGUCGACACUUUGAAAACACGAAUGGCAAACCAAAGAUUGGCCAAAAAAAUGAAAAAAUAAACACACACACACACACACACACACACACACACACACACUGCAACAAAAGCAGAUGUCGGAAUGGUGGUAGUCAUGACAACAAGCCGUAUUGUUGAAUGGCUAAGGAAGAUGGAGGAGUUUCAGUUCUUUGCGGGUCUCGGCGAGUGGAAGUGCAGGCCUUGGGGCGCGGGAUCGACAGUAGUAUUUGCUCACUUUAUAUACAUAUAUAUUGUCAGGGAUAUUAGCACUGGAAGCUAACAUGCUAAUGUAGUGAAACUAUUGGGAAGGUGCAGCCCGGACGCCCUGAGCUGCCGACGAGGCGCCCACUGCACGCUCUAUCGUGAUCGGAGUUUCUAUCACAAGUGUUGUUGGAUUUGGUAGUAGCUAGAAUUUUCUGUCACAGAGAUAAAGAUAUUAUUUUAUACAUGGCCUGCUGAUUUUUGUACAGUGUUUUAUAGCUGAUUAUUUUGUCAUGAACAUAUAUACAUUUAUUAUGCACUACUUUUCUAAAUAUUUUUUUCAAUAGUCAUUUUAGGCACAUUUUUCACAGAUGGGAGAACUCCUUUUGCAAUACCUCAUUUUUUUCACUUGGUGAAAAAUAAUUUUGUACCUUUGUUACUAAGAGAUCUGCAUUUAUGGUAAACUUAAUUUAAAAGAAAAAAAAAGAAAAUGAAUGAUAAUAUAAUUUUCAAUUAGCUUUUAUAUAUUUAAUUGCUGGCAAAUCUGACAAUUGUCUGGUGUGAUUCUGUAGAUUAAAGAGACAAGGCUUUCGUGAGCCGCUCAUAUCUGGAUCUCCUCUCUCCUAAGGAACAUUAUCACAGGAUACGAAGGCAUGACAAGACCUUUAUAAACAGAUUUUGAUAGUCUUUCAAAUAUAUAUUCUGAUAUAUUGCUCCUAGCUGUGAUCUUGAUGAUUAUCGAUAUGGUAAAUGUUUUGGCUUUGGUCCAUGUGUGAACUCGACCACCGGAGUGGAUAUCAGCUGUAUGAAUAUUAGAUCCUCUGUCUUUGGACUGCCUGUAAGCUCUACCUGUUCUUGGCAUGCGUAAUGUAACAGAUAUGAAAAAAAAAAAAAAACCCGACUAGAGUUAAUGCAGGACCUAAUGUGAUGCACUUGAUCUCCCUUCUUCCUCCUUUAGAUCCUUGACAUCACAUCUCUUGUAGCCUCUCUUGACACAAUAGAGUCUGCCUUCCUCACACAGAUGUGAUGUUUAUGCAAUCUACACAGUGACAACACUUUUUUCGGUGCAUUUUGUAAUUUAGAGGACACUUCGUAGGACGUAGGUGAGGAGACUUAAUCACUUGACCGCCCCUGCCCCUGCCCCUGCCCCUCACCCCCCCUCUGUUUGUGAUGUGGCAUGCUUUGGGACAUAACCUGAAUGUGAUUUAAUGUUGCAAGUUAACUUUUUGAGCCAUUAUGUGCAAUACUUCUUCUUUUCAGAGACAAGUCGGUGUGAGUCAGUUCAGUCAUACUAACCAUGCAGUCACUUACACGUUUGUUUCCUGUUGUCCAUGCUAAUGCAAGAAAAUAACUAAUUUAUAACUGAAUUUAUUUUUUAACAUUAGUUUUGUGCUUAUGACUUAUUUUGCUACUACCAUGCUACUGUGAUUAAGAACGUUGUACAUACUAGGUCUAUAAUGUAUCUAGCAUUGGCUCUAUUUUCAAAUGUAAAACUAUCAUUUGAUCAGAUUUGUUAUAUUUUUUUGGGGUUGAUCUGUUGACGUGUCUAGUUUUUUCUAAAUGCUGUAUUGUGAUUCACAUUUUUCAGAUGAAAAGAAUAUUGAUUAUGUAUCUUAGUAUUACUUGAUUAAGAAAUUUCAAUAGUUUUUAAUUGUAUGCUGGGAAGGUUUUAUUUAUUAACUUUUUUUACCUGAUAUCAUUUGGAUUUUUUUUAAGUCAUUUAUUUCACAUUUAUACAUGAGUUCUAAUUUUAUAUUUUCCUCCUAAUUAAGUUGCAUUGCAGACUUCAGUUUUUAUAGCUGGUUUGUAGUAUUGAAGUUAAAAAAACGGAUAUGUCAUGAUUAUUUGCUGCCAACUAUUUGUAAUUGUACGCAUACAUUUGAAGUAUUUGUAAUGUGAGAUGUUGAACGAAUAAAACAGCUGUGAGGACGUAUCUUUUGUCUGAUUAAAA